AAACUUGAAUUUUGGAGGUUAGAUUAGAACUUAGAACUAUUUUAUUACAGCAAUUUUAAUUAUUAUUUACACUUUGCAGCUAUUUCUUUGCUAUUCACUGUUCACUCUUGAGGUAAAUAGAGAAUUAUUCAAUAUUUAUAUGUGAAAGAAAAAAAUUAAAAGUGCAUUAUAGGCCAAUUUCAGUAAGUUUCAAAAAACAUCAACAUGAAAAAAGAAGAAGUACAAGAAAUUUUCCUAAAAAUCCUUGAGGAAGAAGCAGACGUUUCAGCUGGAGUGGCAGCGAUAAAAACAUUGCUAACUGUGAUAGAAAAUUACAAAGUUGCAACAGUGCGAGAGCUAGAUCUCAAUUUACAGUUGGCGGUGGAUGCCAUGAGACACUGUGACCAGCCUGUCACAGCCGUGUCCUCAGGCUGCCAGCUCUUCAUGAGGUUUAUCACUUUUGCCAAGCUAGAUGUUAAGUCAUUUGAAGAAUGUGAACAGAUCAUGUUGCAGCGAGGACGAAUCUUUCUAGACACACUAUUGGAAGCUCGGGGGAAGGUUGCCAAGCAAGCACUGCCUUUUAUUAGCGACGGUUGUAAAAUCCUAACACAUUCUCGGUCAAGAGUGGUAUUACAAGCUAUGUUGGAAGCUGCAAAAGCAAAUAAACGGUUUGAAGUUUUCGUCACAAUGUCAUGUCCUGACAACAGUGGGGAACGUAUGCACAAAGAGCUAGUGGCGGCCGGCAUUGAGGCGACGCUCAUCCUCGACGCGGCAGUCGGCUAUAUUAUGGAGCAAGUGGACAUCGUGAUGCUGGGCGCUGAGGGCGUCACGGAGAGCGGCGGGAUCAUCAACAAGAUUGGCACAUACAGCCUGGCAAUGUCGGCGCUAGAACUCAAGAAACCGGUCUACGUCCUAACAGAAAGCUUCAAGUUCUCUAGAAUAUACCCCCUCAACCAACGAGAUAUACCUAAAGAGUUCAAAUUUCUCUCCAGCGUGCUGAGUUCAGGAAAUCUGUCAAAACAGCAUCCGUUAGUGGACUACACACCGCCUGCAUACAUUACCCUCCUUUUCACCGACUUGGGUAUCCUCACACCAUCCGCUGUCAGCGACGAAUUAAUAAAAUUGUAUUUGUAAUUGAUUUCUUUGUAUAUUAUUAUUAUUAUGUUAAAUAAAUGAUAUUUUUAAUGU